GAAGAUGCCGGAUGGGCAUGCAUCAAAUUUUAGAACACGUGUUGAUCUAGACCAAGGGAGGAUACAGGGGAUGAAAAGUCAUGACUGUCAUGUUUUCAUGGAAACCUUACUCCCAAUUGCAUUUAGUGGCUUGCCUGAACGAAUCUGGAAACCUAUGACAGAAAUUAGUUUGUUCUUCAAAGACUUGUGUUCUAGUACGUUGAGGGAAGAUAACCUUUCUCGGAUGGAUUAUAAUAUUACUGUUAUCACAAACAAGUUGGAGAAGAUUCUUCCUCCGGGGUUCUUUGAUGUGAUGGAACAUGUUGUCGUUCACCUUGUAUACGAAGCCCGACUCGGAGGCCCAGUACAAUAUAGGUGGAUGUAUCCUUUCGAGAGGUGUAUUGGUAAGUUAAAAAGGGCUAUCAAACAGAAAUCGAAAGUGGAAGGAUCAAUGUGCGAAGUUUACCUUGCCAAGGAAACAUCUCAUUUCUGUUCUUACUACUUUGGGAACGAUGUGGCUUGUUUGAGAAACAGGCCUAAUCGACACUAUGACGGGGGUGUGAAUAAUUCUUUGCCGGAGCCGAUAUCGAUCUUUAAUCGACCAGGUGAUGGGUCAAAACGGCGUGUGAGACCAUUGAAUCAAAUGGAGGAUAAAUCGGCAUCCACACAUAUCUUGUUAAAUUGCCCAGAAGUUCAACCUUAUUAUGAUCUCUUUGUGGAGAUACAUGGCCAGGAAAAAGUGUACGACCAAUUUGCAACGUGGUUUAAAAAUUACGUUCACAAUACACCUUGUGGUUUUUAUGAACAAUUUUUGAAGGACUUAUCUUGGGGACCCAUUGGUACCGAUUGUAUGGACAAAUAUGUGGUUAAUGGUUUCAAAUUUAAUACCCAAGAAUGUGCUAACCAUAUGAAAACUAAUAACAGUGGUGUGUGGGUUAAAGGUGCUGAUGGUGUUGAUUUUUUUGGUGUAAUCGAAGAGAUUUUAGAAUUAGAGUAUUCUGGUUGGCCAAGAAAAAAAAUUGUUUUGUUUCGGUGCAACUGGUUUGAUCCAACCCCAAAAAGAGGUACGAGGGUACUUCAAGAUUCUAAUAUCAUUGAAGUAAAUCACACACGGAGGUAUGCAGCUUAUGAUCCUUUCAUCAUUGCACACACCGUUAAGCAGGUGUACUAUGUCCCUUAUCCAUUGCGACCAGAUAAGUCAGAUUGGUGGGUGGUUAUUAAAACCAAGCCUGUUGGUCGUGUGGAAGUUGAGAAUGACCUGCCUGCUGCCUUUCAGAAUGACGACACAACACACAUUAACCAAAUAGUCGACCCUGAGUUAGAAACUGAACUGGAGCAUGCAGAACAUAUGUUACAAGAAAUCGAUAUAGAAGAAGUUAAUGAAGUUUUAGAAGAAAAUGCUGAAAUUGGUGAAAGUGAAACAACCGACGAGGGAGAAUCUUCAGACGACGAAGAAAGUGAUGAAAAUUAG